AUUUAUGGUUAGUUUAAUAAAAAUCUUAUUAUAUAUUUAGAUGGACCAACAUAUUUCUCUAAGUAUUCUAAGAAUCAUUCUAGUGAUGACAUGUGACUACACAAAAUGUUGUAAUGUUUCUCAAAUAAUAUAUAGGGGAUAUUUCCUAUAAAUAUUGAUAUGAAAUUUUAAAGUGCAAUAUUGCAUUAUAGAAUAUAUAAAGUAGAUAUGGUCAACUGUUAAAACUAGAAAUAUAUAUGAUUUUUUUUGGAAAUAUUUUUUUUCUUAAGAAUAUGCUAACAAAAAAAGGUAUGUACAAAUACAUUUCAAAAAUUUCUUACAUUGUACAUUCUUAGAAUAAGCAAAAAAAGGUAUGGGAAAAAAUAUAAUUCAAAUUUCUUUUCAUGAUAUAUGAAUGACAUAUGGACCAAUAAGGUGUCACCACAAUUUUACAUUUCUAUAUGUGACUUAAUUGGUGAUAGCUUUCAUCAGUAACAUAAGUGUAUAUAAUUCAGAGGCCAACGUCACAAGUUGGCACAUACAAGCUUCAUCAGAAAACUUCCUCCUAUUUUAAAUACUUCCAAACCCAACCUAAUAUUCCUUGGUUCCAAAUGGCCCCAUCCAUUCCCAUGGAUCAAGUCAUUUUAAAGCAAAAUGCCCAUCAACAAAGAGCCUAUAUGACAUUCCUGGCAGGUAAUGGAGACUAUGUGAAGGGUGUAGUGGGUCUAGCAAAGGGUUUGCGUAAGGUUAAAAGUGCUUACCCUCUCGUUGUUGCUGUGAUGCCUGAUGUGCCUGAGGAACAUAAAGAGAUCUUGAGGUCUCAAGGCUGUAUAAUGCGUGAGAUCGAGCCUGUAUAUCCUCCGGACGACCAGGUCUCUUAUGCAAGGGACUAUUACAUUAUUAACUACUCGAAGCUUCGUAUUUGGAACUUUAUAGAGUACAACAAGGUAGUGUUCCUUGACGCGGAUAUUCAAGUCUAUGACAAUAUAGACGAGCUAUUUGAUUUGCCAGAUGGUUACUUGCAUGGCGUUAUAGGCUGUUUCUGUGAGAAAACAUGGAGCCACACGCCCCAAUACAAAAUUGGAUACUGCCAGCAGUGCCCGGAAAAGGUGAAGUGGCCGGUCGAGAUGGAAUCUCCUCCUCCACUGUACUACAACGCUGGAAUGUUUGUGUUUGAGCCUAACCUCUCUACAUAUGAGAGCCUCCUCCAGACUCUCAAGGUCACACCACCUUCAGAAUUUGCAGAACAAGAUUUUCUCAAUGUGUUCUUCGAGAAAGUUUUUAAACCGAUUCCAUUGGUUUACAACUUGAUUAUGUCUGUACUUUGGCGCCACCCGGAGAAUGUGGAGCUGGAGAAUGUCAAAGUUAUUCAUUACUGUGCACCUGGAUCCAAGCCAUGGAAGUUCACUGGAGAAGAAGCUUACAUGGACAGAGAAGAUGUCAAAAUGUUGGUCAAGAGAUGGUGGGAUAUUUAUAACGACGAAUCCCUCGAUUUCAAAUCGUAAAGACCUGGUGAAGAUGCGGAAGCCCUUUUGAAAUAUUUUGGCGUGGCAUAAAGCCAAAUUAUGUUUACAAUUACUGUUUUGGUGUGUUUGAUUUCUAUGCUUUAAGUUAUAUGUUUUCUUUGAUUGUGUGGUGAGAAUAAAAUUUGUCAAACUAUAAUAAUUCAUGGCAUUUUGCUAAAAUAUAACAAAAAAAAAACAGAUCUAUCGUCUUUUUAUCAUAGAUUUUUGGUCGAUAUCUGGACCUUUAAUAUUUUUAGAUUAUUUGAAACAUUAAUAAAAAUAUUUAAUAAACCAAAAAAUUAAAAAAAUGGAAAUGAUGAAUUGUAACAUACAAUCACACAUAUAAAACAUAUUUUGUUGUCUGAUUCUUGGUGAAAUAGAAUUUUGUUAUUGUUCUACAAAUACCGUAUGUUAUUUAGCUAAUUAUAUAGUUAUCUGCAAGACUUUUUUUUUUUGUGUGCACCAACUUCCUUAAUCAGAUCAACCCAUGUUUGGUACAAAAGCGUUUAGAGCCUGCUUGGCUAAAAGAUCAACAGAAGAAACAGAGUUCCUAGGAACCCAGUGAAAAGAAACAGAGUUAUCUGCAAGACUUUAAAUACGUAAUUUACCUAUUAUGCAAUCAACUAUACAAACGUGGAUAUUAUGUUACUUGGUCUCAGUUAUUAUGUGAUUGUUCGUAUGUUUACAAAUUACAAGUCUACAAACCAAAUCAAUUAGUAUUAUAAGUAGAGUGUUAUAUAUACAAAAAUAAAUUUAUUGAUUUGUAAAUCAUGAGAACAACAAUUUUAAAAUAUUUAUGAAAUUUUUUUUUAAUAUCAAAAACGUAUAUUUUCCAACUAUUGUAUAAGAAUUCACUUCUAUUUGUACUAGAUUUUUUAAUCGCGCUACGCGCAGAUAGAUAUUAUAUGUAUUUUUCAAUUCUAAAAAAAAAAGUAUAAUAUUGUAUUACAUUAUUUAAAGAAUAUAAAAUAAGACUACAUAACAUAAAUAUAUAUUUAAAAUUUUCUUUGUAGAAAUUAUUAUGUUGUUUGAUUGUUGUACUUGAUUCAACAUAUUUACAUAGUUAUUUGUGAUGGAUGAAUAACUAUAUUUUUAUUAUCAGUAAAAAAUAUAUAUUUAUUAUAUAAUAUAAGAAUUAUUUACUUUUAAAACAAAUUUGUCUCAUGUUAGGGACUCGAUUAUAGACAUAUCAUAUUCGAAUGAGACAUUUUUACAAUUAUCAAUCUUCUUAACAGUCAA